GUCAAAACAUGAACCAACUUAACCUAUAAAGCACGUGUUGUUCUAUUAAGUUGUUAAUUUUAUUUAAAAAAACGGUGACAAUGAUUGUUUCUAAAAGGAAAUCGGAAGAAAACGUUGAAUCAAAAAAAUUUAAGAAAAUCAAAUCGGAAAAUUCCCAACCUUACGGUAAAAGGAACAGUGAGGUUAGAAAAUUUGAUAAAUCAGGACAGAAAAAUGCAACUUUGGAUAAACCACCGAAUUGGAACGAGUUUAAGAAGCAGAAAAAGGAGUUAAAAAUCAAACGUAAACAAACCAAAACGUUGUAUGAUGUGAGUGUUAAAGCAAAACAAAUCAGUGAGAAAUUGAGGAAGAAGAAUUUGGAAGGUGGGAAAGAAGAAAGGGAUAAAUUGGUUAUUGAGUUACAUAAAAUGUUAGGGGGUAAAAAUAAUUAUGUUAAAUUCGUUUUAUCCCAUGAUAUGGGUAGAGUUGUACAGUAUUUAUUAAAAUUUGGACGGCAGGAUAUUCGAGAUGAUAUUGCUAAGGAACUAAUCCCAUCAACUGUACUAUUAAUCCAAUCAAUUUAUGGUAAAUUCUGCAUAAAAACAUUACUAAAAUAUGGAAACACUCAAAUUCGUACUGAUAUACUUCGAGCUUGUUACGGACACGCCGUAAAAUUGGCAAGCCAUUCAGUGAGUGCCCACGUUUUCGAAUUUGCUUAUAGAACAUACGGACAUCCGCGAGAAAAAAAUCAUUUAAUCCAAGAAUUUUUCGGAGACAUUUACAAAAAAUCCAAAGAUGACUCCAUCAAACAUAUACGAGACGUUUACGAGAAAUCACCCGAUUUAAAAAAAGCCGCUUUAGACUGUACAAAAGCAAAUUUGCAACGAGUACUAAACAAAAAAUUAUUAGACUCAAAUUUAGUACAAACGGUUUUGUCGCAAUACCUUUCUGAAUGUUCAGAAAAUGAUAGAAGUGAAUUAUUAACCCAAUUAGCUCCACAUUCGGUCGUUUUAAGUAACAGUAAAGACGGAGCGAGAGUUGUAAUGAUGAUUAUUUGGCUCGGGACGAAUAAAGAUCGCAAAGUUGCGAUGAAAUCGCUUAAAGAACACAUUUUAGAUUUGUGUAAACACGAAACUGGACACACAACGAUUAUUGCGUUAUUAGAUGCUGUUGAUGAUACAGUUUUAUUAAACAAAACGAUUUUAAGCGAUAUUUUAAAGAAUUUGUUGGAGUUGGCUAAAGAUGAGUGGGGAAGAAAAGUUUUACUUUGGCUAAUAAACCCGGGUUGUUCAAAAUAUUUUCACCCAACAUUUAUGAAUGAGUUACAAAAAGGGAGGGAAAAUUCCACGUGUAAAAAACCGGUGGAAACUCGUCGAGAAGAAAUUUGGAAUUAUUCAGUAACCCAUUUUAUGGAUUCUAUCGAAAAUGAAGCUGAAAAAUGGUUGGAAAAUACUUCAAUGGCUUCUAUAGUUGCUAAUGUUAUAGGAAAAGGAAAUCAAAAUAAAACCGUUUUAGAAAAUAUUUCAAAAAUUAUUACCAACCACGAAUGGAAAAUCAAUGAUGACGAAGAUAAAUCAAUAUUGGGAAUUGAACAUUCUGGUUUACAAAUGGUUAUUAAAACGAUGAUUUUGAAUGAUUCAAAGCUAAUUGGAACUGAAUCUGGAUUGUUUAGUCGUAUUUUAUGCGACCAUAUUAAUCCUGAAAUGCUUGAAAUUUGGUUAAAAUUGAAUCGUGGAUGCUUCACUUUGAUUGCAAUGCUAGAAAAGGGCCCCAAAGAUGUUCAGGAUAAAUUAAAAAGUAUUUUAAGUUCGUAUAUUGAUUUACUUGGUAAACAAAAAAAUGUUGGGGCGCAAAUUUUGUUAAAAAAACUUCAAUAA